GGUCACACUCUCUCCGUGACUUACACUCCAUUUCUCUCUGUGUUCCGGCGAACGCCGCUUUACAUUUUUCCGGUGAGGUAACCGGCGGAGUUAGGUUUUUUCAGGCGAGAAUGGGAGAGGCUAUUCUGUCGGAGCUCGCGACGGAGAUAGUGAUUCCGGUAUGCGCCGUCGUCGGGAUCGUGUUCUCACUGGUGCAGUGGUUCCUCGUUUCAAAGGUGAAGCUCACACCGCACGCAACGUCGUCUUCGAGCGGUAACAGUAACAACAACAACUCAUCGAAGAGGAGGAAGGAAUUAACGACCAUAGCGUCGUGGUCAAGUGUGCCGACAUUCAAAGCGCCAUCUCCGAAGGUUAGAUGUUUACAUCCAUGAUUACCUUGUGAAGAGGGACUUGAAGGCUUCAGCUCAGGCUUUUCAAGCUGGGAAAGUAUACUCGGACCCCGUUGCUAUCGAUGCUCCCCGAGGAUUUCUAUUCGAGUGGUGGUCGGUUUUCUGGGACAUAUUUAUUGCCAGGACUAAUGAGAAGCACUCAGAGGUUGCCGCCUCAUAUAUUGAGGGAAGGUCUUUUUGAGGCUAUAACUGGUUAUGGCUUGGGUGGAUCUUCCAUGGCUCUGUUUGGGAGAGUUGGUGGUGGUAUCUAUACCAAGGCUGCUGAUGUUGGUGCUGACCUUGUAGGAAAAGUUGAAAGAAAUAUCCCCGAGGAUGAUCCAAGAAACCCUGCUGUGAAUGCUGACAAUGUUGGUGACAAUGUUGGAGAUAUUGCUGGGAUGGGCUCUGAUCUUUUUGGCUCCUAUGCCGAAUCAUCUUGUGCUUCCCUUGUUGUUGCUUCCAUUUCCUCAUUUGGAAUCGACCACGACUUCACUGCUAUGUUGUAUCCCCUUCUUGUCAGCUCUGUGGGCAUUCUCAUCUGUUUGAUUACUACUCUCUUUGCAACUGAUUUCUUUGAGAUCAAAGCCGUCAAGGAAAUUGAACCAGCAUUGAAAAAGCAGCUUAUCAUUUCUACAGCACUCAUGACUAUUGGAAUUGCAAUUAUUAGUUGGCUUGCUCUCCCAUCGUCCUUCACUAUUUUCAACUUUGGAGCUCAGAAAAAAGUUAAGAGCUGGCAGUUAUUCCUAUGUGUGGCCGUAGGACUCUGGGCUGGACUUAUUAUAGGGUUUGUCACGGAAUAUUAUACAAGCAAUGCUUACAGCCCUGUACAAGAUGUUGCUGAUUCCUGCCGGACUGGAGCUGCAACCAAUGUCAUCUUUGGCCUUGCGCUAGGAUACAAGUCUGUCAUUAUUCCUAUUUUUGCCAUUGCCAUAAGUAUCUUCGUAAGUUUCAGUUUUGCUGCAAUGUAUGGAAUUGCUGUGGCUGCCCUUGGAAUGCUUAGUACUAUUGCUACUGGAUUGGCUAUUGAUGCCUAUGGACCUAUCAGUGACAAUGCUGGAGGCAUUGCUGAAAUGGCUGGAAUGAGCCAUCGUAUCCGCGAGAGAACUGAUGCACUGGAUGCUGCUGGCAACACAACUGCUGCCAUUGGCAAGGGAUUCGCCAUUGGAUCUGCUGCUCUGGUAUCUUUGGCCCUAUUCGGUGCCUUUGUCAGCAGAGCAGGAAUUUCAACUGUUGAUGUCUUGACUCCCAAGGUCUUUAUUGGACUCUUAGUUGGCGCCAUGCUCCCCUACUGGUUCUCUGCCAUGACCAUGAAGAGUGUAGGAAGUGCAGCUUUGAAGAUGGUUGAGGAAGUUCUCAGGCAGUUCAACACCAUUCCAGGACUCAUGGAGGGUCACGCCAAGCCUGAUUAUGCCACAUGCGUCAAGAUUUCCACUGAUGCAUCCAUCAAGGAUAUGAUUCCUCCAGGUGCCCUUGUCAUGCUUACACCACUCAUUGUCGGUACCUUCUUUGGUGUGGAAACUCUCUCAGGCGUUCUUGCAGGUGCUCUUGUUUCUGGUGUGCAGAUUGCAAUAUCAGCAUCAAACACGGGUGGUGCCUGGGAUAAUGCUAAGAAGUACAUUGAGGACCAUCUAAAGAUAGGUCCUCUAGCCACCCCCAGGAUAACCACCUCCUCGUCAUCAUUAACUUGCCACCGUGACCUUGUUCCUUGAAAAAAAACUGAAGGACAAGAUGGCGCUGAGUUUCAGAGAACAUUGGAAGCCAAAAAACAGGCAGAUUAAAGUCCACAUGAUGCUUCCAACGAGCCUUAGGUAAAUAUUGCAAGUUUGUUUUUCUUUUUGUUUCUUUUUCUAAGAUUUAAUUUUUGUAUUUUUAGGAAUACACGCUGAUGCUCUAUUCUUAAUGAUUACUCGAUUUUAAAGUUCUCCGUAGCAAUUAGUGCGUCCAUCAUUGAUGCAAUUAGUAUGGAGACAUCACUUGGAAGAUACGGCAUUAGGGAUAUUUUUUGUUUAGUUUGUGUAUAAUUUUAUAUUACAUGAAUUUUGUUCUUUUGUUUCCAACUUACCAAGUGACUACAAGAAAGAGUAUGUUAAACAACAAUGUUAAAAGAAUGAAGUUAAUUUUGAGGGUGUUUGGAACUUUUAAUAAGUUAGAGUUUAAUAGAAUGUUUGAGAGAUUUUCCUUUCAUCAAACGUGUUGUGCGAGAUGAAGUUCGUGACCAAUUAAGUUUCAACCUAACAAAACCAAGUCAUUAAUCAUAUAUUAGUCAUUCGACACCAAUCAAAACAA